CGUGGAUUGUAUAUUUUGGUGUCGUUGCGUAUUUCACUGUAGUUUGAAGGUCGUGAGUCGUGACCUGCGGCAUGAACGUUGCUCGAUCUAUACCCUGUUUUAGACGUAUUUGCUGGAACGCCAGUACUUAUAUGCGAUUUGGCAGCACAAGGGUACCACAAAGAAACCUGGAUACACUCCUGACUUCAUGGACAAAACAUUCUAUACCCGCUUGUUUGCUUUCACAGACAUAUUGCUUCACUAAUCCAUAUGUAUCUGUUGGUGCUAGAUCUAUAAAUGUAGCUACUGUUAGAAAAUCCAAAAUGCAGAAGUAUCACAAAACCAGUCCAAAUCCAGGUCCCAUUGAGCCCUUGCCUGAAAUAGCCGCCCUGUCAGAUGGUACAAAGAUCUCCAUAGAUUAUUUGAAAGAAACUGAUCUUAUUCACGUGUACAGUAUGUUUAAAGGGGCUGCGGAUGCUGGUGAUGGGUAUGCUCAUGAGGAAUUCUCAGAUAUUGAAGUAUUUAAAAAGAUGGUCAGUAGAGAUCAUUACUUCUCAAUGGUUGAUGUUACCAAUGGCGUGAUCAUUGGGGUGUUUAGUGUGCAUUCAACCCGAUUGACCAGAUCCUCAAAAGCAGUUUUUGCAGCUGGAAACGCUGUUAUAGAUCACCGAUAUCGAAACAAAAACUGCCAUUUUGUAAUGACAUUACUCCAUGCCAAAUUUAGUCACUUUUUGGGUUACCAAGGACUUUUGUUCGAAACAUUUGAAACAAACAAGGCCAUUUUACGUAAUGCUGAAAAAGUUGAUGCAAAACUGAUAGGAUAUAUUCCUAAUAGUGCCUACUUUCCAAGUCACGGUUGGGUUAACAGUAUCAUGAUGUAUUCGGCUUUUGGAAACAAAAGCCACCCAGAUGAUUCCAAAUAUGCAUUGUCAAUGGACCAAAUCGAACAAAUGGGAUUGAAUAAAACCUUAGCACCACGGGGUUGUCUCGAACCAUGGACCAACACGAUCUCCUCAUUGCCGAGAAGAUUCACUGUCAAAGAUGGGAGAGAAUUCACAGCUCGAUACGUUGAUAAGACAGAAUACUUCGAGGUGUUUAAUAUGAUUAAAGAUGCUGCUGAUAAUGGAGUCGGAUUUGGCAUCGACGAAUUCCCAACGUUUGAGUAUUUUAUGGAUAGCAUGUCACGUGGACACAUAUUUUGUAUCACAGAGAACACAUCUAACGAUAUUGUUGGCAUGUUUACUUGUAUACCAAGUAAGUAUUCAAGAACCCAAAUGUCCCAAUUCGCAGCAGGUCCAUCUAUUAUGAAACACGGAUAUAGAGGUAUCGGUAUCUAUGGAAACAUUCGAGAUAUGUCAGAAGAUCUCGCCAAGGAGCUUGGUUAUCAGGGAAUUCUGGGAGACAUGCUUGAAAUAAACCAACCAAUCAUAGACAGUUAUGAACGAUAUGGAUACAAGCUGGUCGCUAAGAUACCCAGGUCUUCCUUUGUUAAAGGGAAAGGUUGGGUUGCUGCGGUGGCAUUUUACAAGCCAUUCUCAUCAGAUGGUAAACAUGACACCAGGCCUACCUCCAAAUUGUAAAGAUUUUGAAGCUUUCUUUUCAAAUGCAGAUGUUGGCUCAUCUGUUGAAAAUGGCAUUCAGUAAAAUGUGUAUACUAUUACUCAGAAGAUUAUGUGAUCAGGAUGUUUCCUAAUUCUGAAAUAUACAAAAAAACAUAUAUUAUGGUCAAAGCAAAGAACCGAUGAACCGAGAAAUCUA